AAAAUCAACGCCUCCAUCUCUCUCGAAGUUCGAGCAGAGCGUAGCGCAAUAUCCUGGUUUCGCUCGUGUAGAAUUCAUUUUCUGGUUUGGGCUGUUUAGAGAGAGUGGGAGAGAAGGGAGAAAAGUACGAUACAUCGCGUGUAAAUGACUCGACGAAUCCGCUAAACGCUCUCUCUCUCUCUCUCUCGUUUUCUCGUUUUUGUCUUUUAAAAGCGCCAAAAGGGAAAAUAAAAGAGAAAUUUUUACUCCCGCUCGUAGCUUCUCCAUUUCUGCGUUUCGAUCUCAUGGCCUUAGCUUUUUGAUUCGAGUUAUUGUGAAAAGAAAUUCAAUCGAACCCUAAUUUCCAUUUUCCUUCUCUUUCUGUUCCGUUUUUCGUUAUUUUUCUCUCUCGAAUUUUCCCGAUACCAUUUGGCCUCUUCAACUCAUUGUGUAUUCCGAUCUAGAUUUCCUGGAAUUUUGCGGUGAGAAUACAGGUUUAGCCGUAAAUGGCAAAAGGUAGCAGUGGACGUCGCAGGAUUGCUUCCCGGCAAUGCAGGCCAGCGCCAUACCAACUGCCGUCUUGUAAUCAGGAUGUUUUGGAGGAUUUGUACCUUAAAAAAUCAUCCAAAGUGUUGGAUAAGAAAGAAUGGGAAGAUGUAACUUGUUCUGUGUGCAUGGAGUGCCCACACAAUGCUGUUCUUCUACUCUGUUCCUCUCAUGACAAGGGUUGUCGCCCCUAUAUGUGUGCAACAAGCUUCCGUUAUUCUAAUUGUCUUGACCAGUACAGAAAGGCUUACACUAAAGUUAUCUCUUCCAGUGGCACUGCUGAAAACCCAAUUCUGCUAUCGGAUUCUGGUUGGCCUGUUGACAAGUGUGAAGUUACAGCGCUUGCUUGCCCCCUUUGCAGGGGCCAGGUGAAAGGGUGGACCGUGGUGGAACCUGCACGAGAAUAUCUAAAUGCCAAAAAGAGAAGCUGCAUGCAGGAUGACUGCUCAUUUAUUGGAACUUACAAGGAGCUAAGGAAGCACGUGAGGACAGCUCACCCAUCUGCACGGCCACGGGAAGUUGAUCCGAUUCAUGAGCAAAAGUGGAGUAGGCUUGAGAGGGAACGCGAGCAUGAUGAUGUAAUUAGUACAAUAAGGUCUACAAUGCCCGGGGCAAUGGUUUUUGGGGAUUAUGUAAUAGAGGGAAAUAAUUAUGGUUUUGAUACAGAUGAAGAAAAUAGGAGUUUUGAUGCAGAUGCUGCAGAGGGGAAUGGAGGUUUUGAGGUGGGUUUUGAUAGAAACUUGGUGAAUGUGUUCCUUCUGUUGCAUGCAUUUGGGCCAUCAGGGAAUGGUCUCAAUAGACGUCUGAGGCAGUCUGAGAGACCGAACCACCGAACAAUGGAUGAGAGUGCUACUGGUAUCCAUCACAUUUCUCCUGUUGGUGGUUCAAAUUCCUUUGAUGAUAAUGACAAUGAUAUUGAUGAUGGCAAUGGUGAUGGUGGCUUAUCACUUGUAAGCCGCCUUCGCCGCCAUGGAAGAGUGCUUCUGGGACGAUCUGGUAGAAGGCGUAGGCAUAGAGAAGCCAGUGGAGGUCAGAGAUGAAUUGGAAUGUACUCGAGGACAGGCAUUCAGUAGGCACAUAGUUUUAGAAGUACUGAUUAUCUGGGAUAAAAGAAAGAAUUUACUUCAAAUUUCAUGUAUUUAACCGGUAUUAGUAUUGCACGGUAUCUGUGAUAGAUUGGUGGGAAAAAUUGAAGCGGAAAGAAUGGCUGACCAUUUCAUUCCUUGUUAUAUAUAAAUCAGCAUAGACGUAGCUUCAUGGUCGAUUGUGAACAUUUUUUUUAUUUGGAAAUAACAUCUGUAAACAUGUAUGUAAACAUGUAAACAUGUAUUUUCUUUAAACUGAUGAAAUUGUAUUUUUCUAUUUACCAAGUUGACAAUCCAGCUUCUUUCUCCUCA